AAGUACUUCCGUAUCUAUUUAUUUUAUCGACUAGUAGUGCUUUUGACUUUCGAGAUAAGGUAUUUUUACUUUUGUCAACGUAAUGUGAGAGAACAUAAAAUGUCUAUUAAUUAAUUAGAUCCAUAAUAUAGUACAAAAUAUAACGCUACAGAAAAAUAUUAACAUGAAGAUUUGGACAUCAGAACAUACAUUCAACCAUCCAUGGGAGACAGUUGCACAAGCAGCAUGGAGAAAAUAUCCCAAUCCUAUGAACCCAGCUGUCAUAGGCACUGAUGUUGUAGAAAGAAAAGUGGUUGAUGGUGUGCUGCACUCGCACAGACUAGUCAGUUCUAAAUGGUAUUUUCCGCGUUGGGCGCAGGCGCUCAUAGGAACUGCAAAAAUUUGCUAUGCAAGUGAGAAAUCUGAAGUUAAUCCUAUACAGCGACAGAUGACACUAAAGACCACUAAUUUAACAUUCUGUCAUUACAUAGCUGUGGAUGAAACUGUUAAGUACACUCCACAUCCUUCUGAUCCAUCAAAGACUCUCCUCACACAGGAAGCAGUAGUCACUGUACAAGGUGUACCACUCAGCAGUUACAUGGAGGAUUUAUUAACAAACAAAAUUUCAUUAAAUGCUGGAAAAGGACGACAAGCUAUAGAGUGGGUCAUCGGUAAAAUAGAUUCUGAAAUAAAGGAACUUGCAAGCACAGCAGCUAAAAGUACAGAUGAGCUGUUGUCACAUACAAAGAAAUCUCUGGAUGAUAUAACAUCGACUGCUAGGAGAUCAAUGGAUGACAUAUCAUCUAAAGCAAAGAGAUCACUUGAUGAUAUAGAAAAAUUCACAAAAGCUAAUGCUAAUCAACGGAGCUGA